AUGAUUCGAUCUCUGGUGUUGGCAGCAGCUGCCCUUACGGGACUCGUCAGUGGACUCCCGGUGAGCGAAGCAACCCCUUUUGAACGCGACUUCUGUCUUCUCGAAGACCUUGUCAUCGAUAUCCUGAAGCUGGAUUCAAAGGCAGACACAUUCUGCACCAGUGUUCUGAACAUUAAGACUGCCACCAACACUGUCACCACCACUUCGACUCCUGCUGUGGCCACGGCUACUGCCACUGCGUACACCACUGGCACAGUGACUACUACUACAACGGCAACCAUCACUGAUACUAUCAGCGACUACUUUACUGCCACCGAGGUUGACUACCUCACAACUCCUGUCACUGAUAUUGUUGAUGUGACGAACACUGUCUCGACUACAAUUACUAUCGAUCAGACCGAGACUGAUACUGCUACGGAUUAUUUCACGGCCAUCAUCACGGAUACUGUGUCAGACACUGUCACCUCUACGGCCACCGCUGUCUCCACUGUUAUCGUCUACGACCGCCGUGAUAUUCAAGAGCGUGGCCAGGCUGUGGCCACUCCUGCCUGCCUACAGGGAUUGGGCAAUGCCUUCGCUUCUGGGGUUUGCUCAUGCUUGCACCUAACUACGCCUACUGUCACUGCAACUUCUACCGUGGUGGCGGCUACUCCGACUGUGACUGUCACAAUCACCCUCCCUGUGACUGCCACCGAGAUUGAUACUGUGACUGCUACAGCCUAUUCAACCACAGACAUCACCGACACCGAAACCGUCACCUCCACCGUUCCUUCCACGGUCUAUAUGUCUUCAUUCUUCACCGACGUAGAAUCUUCCUCAGUCACUGACUAUUUCACCGUCACCGCAACUGUGGACUCUACCGUGACCGAAACUGCCACUGUCACCACCGAUAUCGACGUUUACACGACCGUCCAAGCCGUCGCAACCGCCACCCAAGUUUGCACUACUCUUGCAAUCGAGAAGUUCAUCCUAGCCAAUACCGACCAAACCACCGUCGCAAAAGCCAAUCUCUACUCCGGAAGCAACAUUGUCAUCAACACAAACAACCUCUACGGCCCAUUCACCAACCCUUUCCCUUCAACCGACUCCUGGUACGGCUCCGUCCCCAGUCUUUCCAUGCUGUUCACCUGCGACGCCGAGCAGCGUAUUUUCAUUAGCUACAAGGGUGACGGCACCUUCACCGUUGUUCCCGGCCAUCUUGCCUCGUCUCCCUUGACCUACGCCGUGUCUGCCACCACUCCUCCUUCAGGCUCCACUAUCACAAUUUACGCCGUUGUCUGGGGUAUUGGCUUGAUCACUGAUAGCAGUGUUAUCAGCGCCUUAUAUACUGCUCACAUCACUGGUACACAGUUCGAGUGGUCUAAUACUUUCUUUGGAAAGGAUACUUGGGUCAAUUAUAAGAAGACUGGUGCUAUCUAUUACACUGAUGCCACUGGUACUUUGCAGGUUAUCUAUGGAAAGGAGAGCACCUAUAGCACUCUUUGA